UUUUUUCUAGAAAAUUUUCAUCAUUUUUUUAUUUUUACGUUUUAGCAGGUUUUAAGCAUUAAAUAUUUAACGAUGAGCAUGGAUGACUUUUUCAGAGGAUUCUUUGGUUUUCACAAUCCCCCAGGAUCGUUUGGUCAUAGAAGACCCCAAUAUGACCAAGAUGACAGCAACCAAGAUGACCCCUGUGACAAUGAUGAUGAUGAUGUAACAUUUAGGUUCCACUUCUCGGAGACAGAAGACCUUUUUAGACAUUUUGAAGAUAUGUUUAAAAACAUGGGAUUGGCCGACUUUCCACCACCUCCAAUGUUACCUGGUUCAGUGAUUCCAGGUCCAGAUGGGAAGCCUGGUAGAAGUCAGAAUCCACGUGACAACAUGCUUAAGGAACCUGAUGCUUUUACAGAUGAUCCAAACCCUGAUCGUUCUAAAAGACCCAAAGUUUUUGAACCAAUAUUGCCUUAUAAGGACACAGAGCCAUCCAACAAACCAUUUUUUUUCAGAGAUGUGUUCAAGAUACCAAAGUGGGGUGGUGUUCAUCCAAGAGACAAGCAAGAUAAAGAUCUGGAUGGUGAAAUAUCUUCUGAAGAUUUCGAUAAAAUUGUAGCAGAAUCCAAAAGUAAUCCCAAGAAAAUAGUUCCUGUACAACCAGAACAACCAAGAUCAUAUUUCAAAAGUGUCUCCAUAAGCACAGUUAGAGGGCCAGAUGGGAAAUUAGAGCAGAGAAGAACAGUGCGUGAUGGUGCAGGUAAUGAAGAAACUACAGUGACACGCUCACUUGGGAUCAAAGCCACACCGUUGUGACAAAACGUGACAAUAGGGGACACGAGGAACAGACAGAAACAUUCAGUAAUAUCAAUGAAAAAGAUGUGCCAGAAUUUACUCAUGAUUGGAAGAAAAAUGAUCAUAAAACUAAUGACCCUGGACACUCAAUGGUGAAGCCAUAUUAUACACCUUCAAGAGACAGUGAACUGCCCCAUGAAAAGGACGAUGCUUCCAUAUUUAAAAACAUUUUUGGAUUUUCAUUUCCAAAAUUUAGAGACAGUUAGGUUAAUGCAUAAAUUAAUAAUAUUAUAGAACCACAUGUGCAGUAUUCAGUUUAUUUAUUUAUUUAAAUUGAGAGUUGACAUAAGUUGUUGUUUUAUUGUUUUAUUUAUUUUCUCGAUAGUGAGACUGGAUGAAAAUAAAAUACAUGAAAAUUUUUUUUAUUAAAAAUAUUUAUUCUCUAAAUUAAAAAUCAAAUACAUAAUAACACUUGACAC